AGGUAGCUUCACGCCGAAGAAGAGCAUCUCUGCCGCGUCACCCGCGGGCUCCACGCCGCACUGCAAUGCAGCAUGCUGUCCGGUCCGGCGGCGCGGCGGCCUGCCCCUCCCAUGUCUGCAACUGCGAAUCUGCAAUGCAACCAACGACCCCGUCGUCUCGAGAGACACCAGACCGGCCAACCAACGCCGCGCGAGCUGAUUGCCGUCCAGGUCGGACCUGACAGCGACGGCUGCUGCUACGUCUCUCUCGCUGCUGCCGCGGCCGCUGCCACUGGCAUUGGCAUGGCAUCCCAUCCCAUUCCAUUCCAUUCCAUUCCACCGGCUACAAAUAGCCUGGCCGGCGGCUAGGCGGCUAGCACUAGCAGCCCUCUCGGUCGCAUUCUCUUCCUCUCCUAGUCCUUCCCAUGAUCCCAUCCCAUAUAUCCCAGCCAGGUCACCCAGAGAGCGAGAAGCUGAUUGCGCCGCGCCCUAGCUAGCGCUCUCGGCCGCAUCGCCGGACGUCUAUUAACCCGCCGCCGCUCGUCCUCGGCAUGCGCGGUUCUGCUCGCCUGCGAGAUGGCGCCUGCAGUUUCCAUCCUCUCGGCCACCGCCUCCGCCAAGCGAAAGCGCCCCGCCACUUCCGACGCUGAUGAGCUCCCGCACGACGACUCCUCCGCGCCCCACCAGCAGGUGCAGGGCCAGGGCCAGCAACCGCGGCAGCAGCAGCAGCUUGAGUGCCCGCGCUGCCGCUCCACCAACACCAAGUUCUGCUACUACAACAACUACAGCACGGCGCAGCCGCGCCACUUCUGCCGCGCGUGCCGCCGCUACUGGACGCACGGGGGCACGCUGCGCGACGUCCCCGUCGGCGGCGCCUCGCGCCGCGCCGCCACUGGCGGCGGCGGCGGCAAGCGGCGCAGGGUCUCCGCCGAGCCCUCAUCCCCGCCGCCGUCGGUCGCGGACGCGUGCCUGCCGUCCGCCUUCCCGUUCCUCAGCGACGGCAGCUUCUUCCCGCAGCUCGACCUCGUCGGCGGCGUUGCGCUUGCACCCCCGGCCUUCUCCUCCUCGUGGCAGUCGGUGCUGGUCCCGGACUUGUACGACGGGCUCGCGCCGUGGGACGACGGAGCAACGGCGGCCGCGUGGGGCGACAUCGGUGGCCUCGACCUCAGCUGGACACUGCCGGGGAACUGAGUGCCAGCCGCCGUCGCGCGUCUUGAGGGGCUCCGGUUUUAGCAGUGCGGCCUCGUCAGGUUCAGUUCAGUUCAGUUCCUAGCAUGCAGAGCUCUCACAAUUCUCCUAUGUCGCCUCCACUGUUUCUUCUCGUCCUUACUGCGAAUGAAAUGGUGGGGCUGCUAGUUAGAUCAGUCAAUCUUGAUCUGUAGCUGGAGCCAGAGUGUAAGAUCUGUGCAGUGAUUUAUCGUGACAAUAAAAUUAAGUUUAGUUUGUGUCAAA